AUGGAGCAAGCGACUCAGCAGCAAUCGCGCCCGCGCGGUCUCAGCUUUCACAGUAACAAGAGCAACAAAAGUCGCGACGUUGCAACUCCGAAGAGCCCUUCCAAGAAACACGAAAGGAAGACCAGCGACCAUUACGAUCCAAACUCAAAGGCGAAUCCUAACGCCGCCAUGAAUGAACAGCAGCCCAUCGCUGAGGCUCUCACCAAGCCCACUCUUGCCUCUCUCCGCUCGUUCCAGCAUACCGACACGGCUGGUAACCCCAUUGCCGAUCCCGAUCUCUCCAAUCCCACACGUUCGCGAUGGGAGCGCCCACUUGACACCAUUCGCUCCUUCGAGGCUGCCAUUGAUGGCGAAUAUAGACGACGCGCUCAAUCAAUGCGCGCCGACCAGACCGAUGUUAUGAGCGGCUACGGAAGCCGACGGAGCAGCUACUACGGUGGCGGCGGCGGCGGCGGAUACAACGACCAGAACCGUUUCUCGACCGCCAGCGGCUACUUCCCUCAAAGACAAACUCAGCGCGACAGCUACGCCGAUGGUUAUGGCCAUGGUGGACCUGUGGGCGGACCACCGCAACGUAUGCGAUAUGGCAACCGCAUGCAGUCUGAUCCGGGGUGGAACAACAGGCAAAGCCAACAAGGUGUUUAUCCCGUGAACGGUUACCAACAGUCGCGCGAUACAGUAAACACCAAUGGCUCGAACGGAAGCCACAGCGACGGUCCAUACUCCAACGACCCCAGCCACAGCGAUAAUAGCUCCAUCGAAAGAGGCAUUCCUGUGCAACCACCACAACAGGAUAUGAGUGGACAGUACGGAUUCAACGGAUUCGGAAGAGGCCCCAUUAUGGAAGAGUACGCACAGGAGCCGGGCCAGUAUUCACAAGGCCCACAACCCCCAGCUCACGGCAUGCCACCACCACCCCCAAAACAUGCCACUCAGGCAGCACCGAUCAAACUGGGCGGCGGUGGGCCGCCAGCCACUGAAAACACGAGGCCGGCCAUGUUGUCCAAGAAGAGCAGCGAUGCAGGCGAAAAGCGCAAGAGCUGGUUCAAGAGACGAUUCAGCAAAGAGUAG